UCAGUCUUCACCAUGAACACCUUCCUCUCUGUCGUGAUCCUGAGUGUGAGUCUGCCCACCUUGCUGGCGACUCUAGACUACCGCGCGUUGUGGCAGUUCAGGGUUAUGAUCCUCUGUAACAUCCCUGAUAGCUGGCCUGCACUGGAUUAUGCAGACUACGGAUGCUACUGUGGAAAGGGAGGCUCAGGCACCCCGGUGGAUGAGCUGGACAGGUGCUGUGAGGUGCACGAUCGGUGUUAUUCUGACUCAUGGCAAUAUGAAGACUGCUGGGGUAUCUUAGACAACCCCUACACUGAAGUCUAUUCAUUCUCAUGUGACAAAGAAGCAAUGAAAGUCACCUGCAAUGCUGUCAAGAAUCGGCCCUGUGAGAUGUUCAUCUGUGAAUGUGACAGAAAAGCAGCCGAAUGCUUUGCACAAGCGGGUUACAACCCCGAACACGAGCACUAUCCUAGUGAAAACUGCAAAUGAACUGAAACUCGAUAAAGGUUUAAGACUGUCCCUCAAGUCUCAUUAAAGAUAGCAAUGGUAUAUCAUCUAACAGUUUAUUUUUGUUCAUGCCAACCGAUAUUUAAUUCA